UAGUUGAAAAGGGUAAGACUUCACAGAGAGAGUAAAGACGCAUAUGCAAAAUUUGAAUCUUAAGGUCUCCUUAAUUUCUCCCUAAGUUAUUAUAAGCCGUCAAUCUGAAAAUCCAAUCUCAGAAAAGCAUCUUGUCUCCGAUUGUUUCUGCUUCUGUGUCCGAAUUCUUAUAUUCUUCCUUCUUUGUCAGCGCUAGGGUUUCUCUAUUUCUCCAUUCACCCACCCGUCUCUCUCUAAAGGUUUAGGACUGCUUAAUCCAUUUGAAACAGAUCUAAGCAGAGUGUUUUGAAGAAGAAAAUUUCUGGUUAUCAUUGUUUGGGUCAUUUGCCGAUUAGGAUUUUCAACUGUGUGGAUUAGGAGAGGAUUAAAAGGGAAGAAGAAAAUUUUGAUAAUGAGGAACUCAUGGGCAGAUUCUGUUGAGAAUGUAGCUUCUGAUAAUGUUGGGCCAAGUGGGGGGAGUGGAGCUUCUGCUUCUACAAGAAGAUCAUCUUAUGUCCCACCACACCUUCGCAACAAACUGAUGGCAGCAGAACCUCUAGCUCCAUCGCAGGGUGGCCCACCUUCUGGUAAUGACCGCUCAGGCUUCAAUGGACCAACUAGUGGGUCUCGAUGGGGUGGUUCUAGGCCAGAUUAUGGACGCCAAGGGGGGUAUAGUGGUGGUGGCCGCAGCGGAGGUGGUUGGGGUGGUAGAGGAGGUGGUUGGGGUAGAGAGCGGGAAGUUAACCCUUUUGGUAAUGAUGCAGAUGUGGACUUGGAGCAAUCGUCUGAUCAGGAGAAUACAGGAAUAAAUUUUGAUGCUUAUGAGGAUAUUCCAGUGGAAACAAGUGGAGAAAAUGUGCCACCUCCUGUUAAUACAUUCGCCGAGAUAGAUUUAGGGGAGGCCGUUAACUUGAAUAUUAGGAGGUGCAAAUAUGUGAAGCCGACUCCUGUCCAGCGAUAUGCGAUUCCCAUCUCCUUAGCAGGACGAGAUCUCAUGGCCUGUGCCCAGACUGGAUCCGGCAAGACAGCUGCCUUUUGUUUCCCAAUUAUUAGUGGAAUCAUGAGGGGGAAUUUUCCGCAACGGCCUCGCGGGGUGCGGACAGUGUUUCCCCUUGCUCUUAUUCUCUCACCAACAAGAGAGCUCUCAAUGCAGAUACACGAGGAAGCUAAAAAAUUUUCUUAUCAGACUGGUGUUAGAGUAGUAGUGGCCUAUGGUGGAGCCCCGAUUAAUCAGCAGCUCCGAGAGCUUGAGAGAGGAGUUGAUAUUCUUGUGGCAACUCCUGGAAGACUGUUCGAUUUACUUGAGAGAGCAAAAGUUUCAUUACAGAUGAUUAGAUAUUUAGCUCUCGAUGAGGCAGAUCGUAUGCUGGACAUGGGGUUCGAACCUCAAAUUAGAAGGAUAGUGGAGCAAAUGGAUAUGCCUCCACCUGGUGAAAGACAGACUAUGCUGUUCAGUGCUACAUUCCCAAAAGAGAUUCAGAGACUGGCCUCUGAUUUUCUUGCAAACUACAUAUUUUUGGCAGUUGGACGGGUUGGUUCUAGUACUGACUUGAUUGUUCAACGAGUUGAAUUUGUUCAUGAUGGUGACAAGAGAAGCCAUCUUAUGGAUCUACUUCAUGCACAGAUGGCUAAUGGGGUUCACGGCAAGCAUGCUCUAACUUUGGUAUUUGUCGAAACAAAGAAGGGUACUGAUGCAUUGGAGCAUUGGCUGUGUAUUAAUGGGUUUCCUGCAACUGCCAUUCAUGGUGAUAGGACUCAGCAGGAAAGGGAGCAAGCGUUGAGAACAUUCAAGAGAGGAGAUACCCCAAUUUUAGUUGCGACGGAUGUGGCUGCUCGAGGCCUUGAUAUCCCUCAUGUUUCUCAUGUUAUCAACUUUGAUCUUCCCAAUGACAUUGAUGAUUAUGUGCACCGUAUAGGAAGGACAGGUCGUGCAGGAAAGACAGGAUUAGCAACUGCUUUCUUUAAUGAUGGUAACCUUUCGAUGGCCAAACCACUAGCUGACUUGAUGCAAGAAGCUAAUCAGGAGGUACCUGAAUGGUUGACUCGUUAUGCUAGCCGUUCAUACGGAGGAGGUAGAAACAGGCGGGCUGGUGGAGGCCGUUUUGGUGGGCGUGACUUCAGGAGGGAUUCCUCAUACAAUAGAAGUGGAGGUGGAGGUGGAGGUGGUGUGAACUACUAUGAUGGAGGUAAUAGUAGUGGUGGUUAUGGCAAUUACAGUGGGGGAUAUGGUCCUGGAGUAACUAGUGCUUGGGACUAGCUCUUAUCAGAACUUAUAUGAUACCUAUACUUUCCUGCAGUUGUAUAUUACUCAUCAACAAAUUUGGAUUAUGAUAUUGUGCCAGUGCGAAACAGGGUUGAGUUCUUGUUGUUUUGUGGUUCUAUAGGAGGGGGACAACUGCAAGAUUGUUAUGGUAGUUAGAUUGGCAAUUGGAGACCACUAGCAGACAGCUUUUGUCCAACAGUUCAAUGAUGCCUUUGUUUAAUAUAAUAUUAUUGAAAUGCA